AAUCACUUAAGAAAAGGCUGGGCUAGUAAAAUGGGCCAAUUAUGGGCCUCCUCUCUCUCUCUCUCUCGAACAAAACCCUAGCAAAUAUAUUUUCAAUUAAUCUCUACGGCAUUUCGAUCAUCUCCACCGUUUCUCCACUCUGCUCAUCCAACAAUGGCCUCAGAGAGGAAGCAGGCGAACCCAAUGCGGGAAAUCAAAGUUCAGAAGCUCGUUCUCAACAUCUCAGUCGGAGAAAGCGGCGAUCGUCUCACUCGUGCUGCUAAGGUUUUGGAGCAAUUGAGCGGCCAAUCUCCUGUCUUCUCAAAAGCAAGGUAUACUGUGAGGUCUUUUGGUAUCAGGCGUAAUGAGAAGAUUGCAUGCUAUGUUACCGUUAGAGGAGAUAAGGCCAUGCAGCUCUUGGAGAGCGGUUUGAAGGUGAAAGAGUACGAGCUGCUGAGGCGCAAUUUCAGCGACACGGGAUGUUUUGGGUUUGGUAUUCAAGAACACAUCGAUCUUGGAAUCAAGUAUGAUCCUUCAACGGGUAUCUACGGUAUGGAUUUCUUUGUAGUUCUAGAACGGCCUGGUUACCGUGUUGGCCGUCGCCGCCGAUGCAAGGCCCGUGUUGGGAUUCAACAUCGGGUGACCAAGGAGGAUGCGAUGAAAUGGUUUCAAGUGAAAUACGAGGGUGUUAUUCUUAACAAAUCUCAACAAAUCGGAGCUUAGAUGUGUUUUCAUUUUGUAAAAUUUUGGACUUGAGUUUUAUAAUUUUUACCAUUAAGGAUCUUAUCAGUGUUUGGUGUGAUUUGGAUCUUCUUGAGCAUAUGUAUUUUAAGUUUUUAUUUAUCUUGUUAA